AUGCGCAAGCUGACAGACCCCCAACCAACCUACGAUGUACCCUCACAUAUUCCGGAAACAAUGAGGACAAUCCCAGAGGGCAACUGGUGCAUAGGGCACGAACAAUGGCCAUCGAUUAUUUUUGGGGCUGGAACGCUUGGAGCAGGUAUCUAUAAUAGUGAAGAGGUCCUCGACAGCCCUGAACCGCUUCGUACUGUCCGCCUCGCUCUGCGGUAUGGUAUUCGUGCCUUUGACACAUCGGCAUACUACGGGACCUCAGAAAUUGUCUUAGGAUCCAUCCUAAAAGCGGUCGCGGACGAGUUUCUCGUGAAUCGUACAAGAUCGCGACUAAAUGCGGACGAUACGGUAUUGUUCCGAAGACUUCGAUUACUCCCGAACACGAUCCGAAAGAGCGUCCGCGAAGUCUUGAAAGGCUCGGUACAAGCUAUCUAG